UCCCACCCAGGCCUGGCUUUUGUCCUGCGCGCAGAUUCGCGAAAACCCGGAAGCGGAUCGCGUGGAGUGACGGUCCCAUCGCGGCGCCAACAGUGCUCUUGUCAGGGCUAUUAAUUCUGCUUUUUGAGCUGAUGUUCCAGUGGACAGAGGCUGAGCCUCUACUACUGAGUCUAACGUUACCACUGCAUACCUGGCACGUCGAACCUCUUCUAGCACCGAACUGCUUCCACCUGUGAAGUACUUGACAUCUGGGUCUCCAAGAGGAGAUGGAGGAGAUCCUGGGUUCCCCGAUAACAGCCCUCUGAGGUUGGGGCCGGCAAAAGAAGCUCAUCUACAGACUGUAGCAAGGUGCCCUGUAUGGACUUUUGAGGAACUGGGUACUGAUGAACCCGAACAGGAGUUGCUCCUGGCUUUAAUUCUACUACUGGUGCAUGAUUUACAGCUAACCCAGGAUUGAUUUCUAAACACUCUUGGUCCAUGAGGAAGAAACCCGGAAGAGGAAGAGGAAAGCAGAGGAGUCAGGGAUGGCUCCUCCUCAGGGUCUGUUGACAUUCAGGGAUGUGGCCAUAGAAUUCUCUCAGGAGGAGUGGAAAUGCCUGGACCCUGCUCAGAGGACUCUAUACAGAGAGGUGAUGGUGGAGAAUUAUAGGAACCUGGUCUCCCUGGAUAUCUCUUCCAAAUGCAUGAUGGAGUUCUUGUCAACUGCACAAAGCAAUAGAGAAGUGAUCCACACAGGAACAUUGGAAAGACAUGAAAGUCAUCACAUUGGAGACUUUUGCUUUCAGGAAAUUGAGAAAGAUAUUCAUAACUUCGAGUUUCAGUGGCAAGAAGAUGAAAGAAAUAGCCAUGAAGCACCCAUGACAAAAAUCAAAAAGUUGACAGGUAGUACAGACCGAUAUGAUCAAAGGCAUGCUGGAAACAAGCCUAUUAAAGAUCAGCUUGGAUCAAGCUUUCAUUCACAUCUGCCUGAACUGCACGUAUUUGAGACUGAAGGGAAAAUUGAUAAUCAAGUCGAGAAGUCUAUCAACGAUGCUUCCUCAGUUUCAACAUCUCAAAUAAUUUCUUGUAGACCCAAAACCUAUGUUUCUGAUAACUAUGGGAAUAAUUUCCUGAAUUCUUCAUUACUCACACAAAAACAGGAGGUACACAUGAGAGAAAAGUCUUUCCAAUGUAAUGAGAGUGGCAAAGCCUUUAAUUGUAGCUCACUCUUAAGGAAACAUCAGAUAAUCCAUUUAGGAGAGAUACAAUAUAAAUGUGAUAUAUGUGGCAAGGUCUUUAAUCGGAAGCGAAACCUUACAUGCCAUCGUAGAUGUCACACUGGUGAGAAACCUCACAGGUGUAAUGAGUGUGGCAAGUCCUUCAGCCAGACGUAUUCCCUUACUUGCCAUCGUAGACUUCAUACUGGAGAGAAACCUUACAAAUGUGAAGAAUGUGACAAAGCUUUCAGUUUCAAAUCAAACCUUAAAAGACAUAGGAGAAUUCAUGCUGGAGAGAAACCAUACAAGUGUAAUGAAUGUGGCAAGAACUUUAGUCAGACGUCAUCCCUUACAUGCCAUCGUAGACUUCAUACUGGAGAGAAACCUUACAAGUGUAAUGAGUGUGGCAAGACCUUUAGUCGAAAGUCAUCCCUUACAUGCCAUCAUAGACUCCAUACUGGAGAGAAACCUUACAAGUGUAAUGAGUGUGGCAAGACCUUCAGUCAGGAGUUAACCCUUAAAUGCCAUCGUAGACUUCAUACUGGAGAGAAACCUUACAAGUGUAAUGAAUGUGGCAAAGUUUUUAAUAAAAAAGCGAACCUUGCACGUCAUCAUAGACUUCAUACUGGAGAGAAACCCUACAAGUGUACUGAGUGUGUCAAGACAUUCAGUCGAAAUUCAGCCCUCGUAAUUCAUAAGGCUAUUCAUAUUGGAGAGAAAGGUUACAAAUGUAAUGAAUGUGGCAAGACGUUCAGUCGAAUUUCAGCCCUUGUAAUUCAUACAGCAGUUCAUACUGGAGAGAAACCUUACAAGUGUAAUGAAUGUGGUAAGGGUUUUAAUCGAAAAGCACACCUUGUAUGCCAUCAUAGACUUCAUACUGGAGAGAAACCCUACAAGUGUAAUGAAUGUGGCAAGGUUUUUAAUCGAAAAACACACCUUGCACAUCAUCAUAGGCUUCAUACUGGAGAUAAACCUUACAAGUGUAAUGAAUGUGGCAAGGUUUUUAAUCAAAAAGCACACCUUGCACGUCAUCAUAGACUUCAUACGGGAGAGAAACCUUACAAGUGUAAUGAAUGUGGCAAGGUUUUUAAUCAAAAAGCAAACCUUGCACGUCAUCAUAGACUUCAUACUGGAGAGAAACCUUACAAGUUUAAUGAGUAUGGCAAAGUUUUUAAUUGAAAAACAAAGCUUGCACAUCAUAAUACAAUUCAUACUGGAAAGAAACCUUACAAGUGCAGUGAGUGUGGCAAGACCUUCCGUCACAAUUCAGUCCUUGUAAUUCAUAAUUCAUACUGGAGAGAAACCUUACAAGUGUAAUGAAUGUUGCAAAAUUUUUAAUCAAAAAGCAAAUCUUGCAUGUCAUCAUAAACUUCAUAGUGGAGAGAAACCUUAGAAAUGUGAAGCAUGUGACCAAGUUUACAGUAGCAAAUCAAGCCUCGAAAGACAGGAGAAUUCAUACUGGAGAGAAAGCUUACAAAGGUGAAGAAUGUGACAAAGUUUUCAGUCACAAGUCAAACUAUGAAAGACAUAAAAGAAUUCAUACUGGAGAGAAACCAUAAAAUUGUAAGAGUUUGUGUCAAGGCUUUCGGGCGUGAUUCACACCUGGUACAACAUACUAGAAUUUAUACUGGAGAGAAACCUUACAAGCGUAAUAAGACUGGCAGAGCCUUGAUGAGCAGUCAACACUUAUUCACCAUCAGGCAAUCCAUGAUGAAGGAGACUUUACUAAUGUAAUGAUUGUCACCAAGGCUUCAGUAAGGCUACAACCACUGCAAAUCGUUGGAGAACCCAUAAUGAAGAGAGAUCAUACAAGUGUAAUAAUUGGCAAAUUUUUCAGACAUCGUCCAUACCUUGCAAUUCAUUGGCAAACACAUACUGGAGAGAAACCUUACAAAUGUCAUGAUUGAGGCAGGGCCUUCAGUCACGCUUCAUCAUAUGCAAAACAUAGGAGAAUUCAUAUAGGAGAGAAACCUCACAAGUGUGAUGAUUGUGGCAAAGCCUUUAUUUCACAUUCACACCUCAUUACACAUCAGAGAAUCC